AUGCCUCACUCCCAGGGAGGAGGCGGCGGCGGGGCGGGCGCCGGGCCGGGGCGGUGUGCGGGGGUCGCUCCUCUGACGGGCCUCUCCCAUCUGGCAGAGACUAGGCCGCACGGCGACGUGCUGCGGAGCGGGAAGAUACGGCUGGUGCCCGUGGCGGACCUGCGGGGGCUGCGAGUUGGCCCAAAGCUUUUCCAGUAUGUCAUAAAAGUCAUUGUGCAGGCAAUACAGUUACUGUACACAAUGCUGAAGAUAGAUCAGCCAUCCUAUAUUCUUCUUCAGAAUCCUCCAGGCUUGCCUAGCAUAGCUGUUGCCUGGGUAGCAUGUCUUUUCUGGAGAAGCAAACUGAUAAUUGAUUGGCACAACUAUGGAUAUACUAUAAUGAGUCUGAAUCAUGGAAGAAAUCACCCACUAGUACAAAUUGCAAAAUGGUAUGAAAAGCUUUUUGGGCGUCUGUCUGACUAUAACUUGUGUGUCACUAAUGCAAUGAAAGAAGAUCUGUGGGUGAAUUGCAACAUCAAGGCAGUAACACUGUAUGACAAGCCAGCUUCUUAUUUUAAGGAAACACCAUUAGAACUUCAACAUCAUUUGUACGUGAAACUUGCCAAAGACUAUGAGCCUUUUAAACCACAUACAGAGUCCAGCAGUUUGAAUGCUGAGUGGACUGCUUUUACAGAAAUGGAUGAAAAAAAUGGACAUGUGAUAAAAGCCAGAGGACGGCCAGCUCUUCUAAUCAGCAGCACAAGCUGGACAGAGGAUGAAGACUUUUCAGUCCUUUUAAAAGCUUUAGAAGAUUAUGAGCGGUAUAUCGAUGAGGGAAUCGAGCUUCCAUCUUUAGUAUGUGUGAUAACAGGUAAAGGACCUCUAAAAGACUACUACAAUGGACUGAUAAAUAAACUGCACUUUAAACAUAUCCAGAUCUGUACACCGUGGCUUGAAGCUGAGGAUUACCCUCUUUUGCUUGGCUCAGCAGACCUGGGGGUAUGUCUCCAUAAAUCAUCUAGCGGUUUGGAUUUACCCAUGAAGGUGGUAGAUAUGUUUGGCUGUUGUUUACCUGUGUGUGCAAUAUAUUUUGAAUGUUUACAUGAACUUGUGAAACACGAUGAAAAUGGUCUGAUAUUUAGGGACUCAAAUGAACUUGCAGAACAACUAAAGAUGCUUUUCUUGGGAUUUCCUACACUGGAAGGCAAACUUCACAACUUCAGAAAAAACCUUCGUGCGUCCAAGCAGCUGCGCUGGGAUGAGAGUUGGGACCAGACUGUUCUUCCUUUGCUUGGGCAGAACGAAUGACUUUUUGUGGGAGAGGAGGGUGUCACAAAAGCUAAUGCAUUCCUGAAGCUGCACAGAUUUGAUAAAUAGUGAAUAAACAGUUUGUAUUGUCUAUAGUUGCAGUUUUUAACUACUUCAUCUUGGAACGAGUGUUUGGACACACCUCUUCCUUUACAAUUUGAGCUUCUCAUGUGAGUAAGAGUAGUGCUGAAGGUGCAGCUGAGGCUAUUUGUUGUCUGCUAACAGUGUAAGUCUGGAGGGGAGACAUGGUUCCUGUGCUGAAGAGCUUGAGCCUUGCUAUCUGGACUGCCUUUCUUUCCUUACCACUUGGGAUGGAUCCUGAGAAAGUGGGAGGGAAGUUUAGUUACUCUAGGAACUCAUAUGUGCAAAAUCUGUUACCUGUGCUGCUUAAAGGUCACUUUUUGGUGAAGAUACUUGAAUACAUAGAUAAACUAUUACCAGUUAUACCUGUUGUACAGUAAGCACUUUAGUAGGUGAUUUGGAUAUGUUCUCUUGCAAAUGGAAGAUGCCUCUU